AUGCCUUCUAUGGGAGGAGGAUCCGAUGGUGGCUCAGGAGGUGGGCUAGGUGGACUAGCUGGGUUGAGUGGUGGGCUAGGUGGGAAGAGCGAUGCUUCGGGUGGUGACUCGGACAGCGAUUCGGGUGGCGGUGGUGGUUUCGCAAGUAUGUUCGGCGGUGGAUCCGGCUCGAGCGGUGGUAUGGGAGGCUUGAGUAGUCUGAUGGGUGGAAUGGGCGGUGGGUCAGGAGGACUAAGUAGUCUGAUGGGCGGGAUGGGCGGUGGGUCGGGUGGACUCAGUAGUAUGAUGGGCGGGAUGGGCGGUGGGUCGGGCGGACUCAGCAGCCUGAUGGGCGGGAUGGGUGGAGGCUCGGGUGGACUCAGUAGUUUGAUGGGCGGGAUGGGCGGCGGCGGCGGCGAUGAUUCUUCAUCUACUCCAGCUUCCGACUCCGUUAGCACCACACAAUCCGAAUCCUCCGGCGACAAGGAAAAGGCGCCGGCCACCCCUGUAGUAACUCCAGCCGGAUGCAAGGCUUAUCGGAUCAUUGGCGCGCGAGGUACUACGGAAGGCGCCAGCGGUUCCAUGGCGUACAAUCAGCUGGUACAAAAGAUUUUGGCCGCGGUUCCUGGAGGGGCAAAAGAGGAGCUCCAAUACUCAACCUCUGCCGAUUAUUCGGUGACCGUAACGCAAGGAGCCCAGACCGAAAUGAAAAUGAUAACAACAGAGCUAGCCAAGUGCCCGAAAACGCUUUAUGUUCUCUUGGGAUAUUCCAAAGGGUGCAUGGUCCAAACACAAGUUCUCAGCAGCAAGAAAGUACCAUCAGCCAACGUUGGCGCUGUCGUCUUCUUUGGAAAUCCUUAUUUUAAAGGUGGCGCCCCUCAAAACAAAUGUAGCGCGAAAUCUGGCUCCGGAAUUGCAGGGAUGAUGAGACCAACACUUCCAGCAGAUAUCACCGACCGAAUAUACGACUGUUGCACCACCGGCGACAUGAUCUGUCAGAGCACCGGAAGCAUCAUGAGCCAUUUGACAUACGGCUCAAAAGCAACAGAAGCUGCUGCAUUUGUUACGAAAAGUUUAAAUGCAAAGCUGGGGAUAAAGUGA